AAGCGCAUUCCUCGUACUAUUGCACCUUGGACUUUAUAUCAAUCGGAGUUUAAUUUAGUUAAAGAAAACAAACAUGGAAAAGUGGGUGCAGCUAAAUAAUCAGGCAGCCGGCAGGGAUAAAAUUGCUCGGCUCAUCCAGUAUGCGUCGCGUGCCAUGUGGGACUCACUGGAGUCCUCCAAUUGCCAUCCGGCGUUGGUGGACAACUUCAAGACAAUCGAGUAUAUCUUGAGCACAUUCCGAAAAUUGCUGCGCUUUGGCAAGGGCUUGGAUGUGUUCUAUGCUAGCUUACGUGCCAUUCACUAUCCAGAUCUGACGAUUCGGGUCACGCUGACAAUGAGCAAGAUUUCACAGGCUUUGUUCCUGCUAGCGGAUCAUUUGCUUUGGCUUGCUCGCACAGGCUUAACAGCCGUCGAUCCCAAGAAAUGGUCAAAGAUCGCCAAUAAGUAUUGGCUGUUCUCCAUUGUUAUGAAUUUAUGCCGAGACUUAUACGAGAUAAUGCGAGUCUUGGAUCUGCACAAAGCCAGCUGCAGCAGUGGCAUCUCACGCUGCAAGAUUCCAAGCCGGAUCAACACACCGGCGGACUUCAAGAGAUUGGCUCUAAAUUCAUAUGGCCUAAUGCUGGGCCACAAAGAUAUCGUUGUGGAUACGGUGAAGAAUGUGUGCGAUUUCUUUAUACCUCUGACGGCUUUGGGUUACACAAGUCUGACCCCGAGGACCAUUGGCAUCUUAGGUGCAAUUUCUUCAAUGGCUGGCCUCUGGGCUUUGCUCGAGCCAGCUGCCAAACUGACGCCCGCAUAAAUUCGGUCAGCAGAUGUAUUUAUUUAUGUAAUAUGUGAAUGUACUUGUGGCAUAAUUUGUUUGAUAUUUUGUACAUACGAUAUUUAUUAAGUUGACAAUGGAAGAUUUUAUUGAAACGAUUUUGAUGUUAUAUAAGUGUA